AUGGCAGCAUCGGUGGAGGAUGUUGUGGCUAGUGUACUGGAGAGUAUUCGCGAUCAAAAUCUGGACGGUGAUGAGGCGAAGGCAUCGAGGAUAAAAGAAGAGGCAAACCAGUUUUUUAAAGAUCAAGCAUAUGAUGUUGCCAUCGAGUUGUAUACUAUGGCCAUAGAACGUCACCCAACAGCUGUCUUAUACGGGAAUAGGUGGGUUAUGGCAUAUCUGAAGAAAGAGCUGUACGGUAGUGCCCUUGAAGAUGCAAAUAAUGCCAUAAGCCUUGACCCUUCGUAUGCCAAGGGCUAUUAUCGCCGAGCAACAGCCAACAUGGCACUAGCGCGGUUCAAAAAAGCCUUAGCAGAUUAUGCCACAGUGGUUCGAGCUCAACCGAGUGAUGCCGAUGCGAAACGAAAGUAUGACGAGUGUCAGAAGAUCGUGCGAAGAAUCGCGUUUGAACGGGCUAUCUCUGUUGACCACGAUAGGAAAAGCAUAUCUGAAUCAAUCGACUUGUCCACAAUGAUUGUCGAGGAGAACUAUGAUGGCCCUCAUUUGGAUGAAGUUAUUAGUGUGGAAUUCGUUAAUGAAUUGAUUGCUACUUUUAAGAAGCAAGGGAAAUUGCACAAGAAAUACGCUUUCAAGAUUCUGUUAGAUAUAUAUGCGUAUUUCAAAGAGCAGCCAACAUUGGUUGAAGUCGAAGUGCCUUCUAAGCAACGUUUCACAAUUUGUGGUGACAUACACGGCCAAUUUUAUGAUCUCUGCAAUAUUUUUGAUAUUAAUGGAUUGCCUUCCGAGACCAAUCCAUACUUAUUUAAUGGCGACUUCGUUGACCGUGGUUCCUUCAGUGUGGAGACUAUUUUUACUAUGUUUAGCUACAAAUUACUCUAUCCUAAUCAUUUCUUUUUAUCUCGUGGGAAUCACGAAAGUGACGUCAUGAACAAGAUGUAUGGAUUCGAAGGAGAAGUGAAGAAGAAGUAUACUUCUCAAAUGGCUGACUUCUUUACGGAGAUUUUUUGCCAGCUUCCAUUGUGUCAUCUCAUAAAUAGGAAGAUUUUUGUUUGUCAUGGUGGUUUGUUCAAAGAGGACGGUGUGACUCUGGACGACAUUCGAAAGACUGAUAGGGUUCGUCAACCUCCUGACGAAGGAAUUAUGUGCGACUUGUUAUGGUCGGAUCCACAAGAACUGCGUGGUCGCGCACCCUCUAAACGGGGAGUUGGCUGUCAGUUUGGUCCAGAUAUCACUGAUGCAUGGAUUGCGAAGAAUGGUGUUCAAUAUGUCGUAAGGAGCCAUGAGGUGAAGCCGGAAGGUUAUGAGGUACAUCACGGCGGGAAGUGUAUAACGGUGUUCUCCGCUCCGAAUUAUUGUGAUCAAAUGGGCAAUAAAGGAGCUUUUAUCACAAUCACCGGAGAUAAUCUGACACCGAAGUUCACCAGUUUCGGAGCUGUUCCACAUCCGAUGAUACCGCCAAUGGUCUAUGCGAACAGUUUAUUUGGAUUUUCCUAA